CCCCCCACCGACGCGGGACUGGUAUCUCUCUCUCAGCUUCACCCUUCAGAUCUUCAAUUCUCAGCUGACUCUCACUCGCCUCCAAAUCCCAUUCAAUCGCACGCUCGAAUCCUCAUGUUUUGGGUUUAAUUUUCGCAUAAUCCGCAUAUAAAUUCCAGUGUUAGGGACACACGCGCGGAUCCACGUCGAUUCCGGCCGUUUGAUCCGUCGGAGAGAUCUGGAAUGGCGGUUGCAGUCCGCGGUGGCCGCGGUGCCGGCGGAUCGGCACUUCGAAACUUCUUCUCCUACCGCGUCUUCGUCUCCGCCAUGUUCACACUACUUAUCGUCGCCACUCUAUCCGUCCUCUUCUCCUCUCACCCCAAUCACGGCGGCUCCACAUCUGGUAACGUGAUUGUGCACAGAACAUUUCUGGCGUUGCAAUCAGAUCCCUUAAAGACUAGAUUAGAUUUAGUACAUCAGCAAGCUAGUGAUCAUAUAGCACUUGUGAAUGUCUAUGCGGCCUAUGCAAGGAAACUCAAGCUUGAGAUCUCUAAGCAGCUCAAAUUGUUUGAAGAAUUGGCACAGAUUUUCUCAGAUCUUCAAAUGAAACCAAAUUACCAAACUGCUUUGUUUCAAACCGAUGGCCCUAUGGAUGAAGAUGUUUUGAGACAGUUUGAGAAGGAGGUGAAGGAUAAGAUCAAGGUUACUAGGUCGAUGAUUACUGAAACGAAAGAGUCCUAUGAUAAUCAGCUAAAAAUUCAAAAGUUGAAGGAUACAAUCUUUGCAGUUAGUGAGUUGCUUCAGAAGGCUAAGAAAAAUGGUGCUUUUGCCAGUUCGAUAGCUGCUAAAUCCACUCCAAAGAGCUUGCAUUGUGUAGCUAUGAGGCUUAUGGGGGAGAGAAUUGCCAACCCCGAUAAGUACAGAGACGAACCUCCUAAGCCCGAGUUUGAGGACCCCACUUUGUAUCAUUAUGCAAUUUUUUCCGAUAAUGUCAUUGCAGUCUCUGUGGUAGUGAAUUCAGUCAUUAAAAAUGCAAAGGAACCAUGGAAACACGUUUUCCAUAUUGUUACUGACAAGAUGAAUUUGGCCGCCAUAAAGGUCUGGUUUAAGAUGAAGCCAGUAGGUGGGGGUGCUCAUAUUGAAAUAAAAUCCAUAGAGGAUUUCAAAUUCUUAACUUCUUCGUAUGUUCCGGUGAUCAGACAACUUGAGUCUGCAAGUUUGCAGAAGUUCUACUUCCAGAAUACGGCAGAGAAUGCAACUAAGGAAGUGAACAACAUGAAAUUCAGGAACCCCAAAUAUUUGUCGAUUUUGAAUCACUUACGGUUUUAUUUGCCAGAAAUGUAUCCAGACUUACCCCGGAUUUUGUUUUUGGACGAUGAUGUUGUGGUCCAAAAGGAUUUGACAGCACUUUGGAAUAUUGAUAUGGGUGGGAAGGUAAAUGGAGCCGUUGAGACCUGCUUUGGAUCUUUUCACCGCUAUGCCCAAUACUUGAACUUCUCUCAUCCUCUCAUCCGCGAAAAGUUCAAUCCCAAGGCAUGUGCAUGGGCAUUUGGAAUGAAUAUAUUUGACCUUGAUGGUUGGAGGCGUGAAAAAUUGACUGAGCAGUAUCAUUAUUGGCAAAACUUGAAUGAGGACAGAACCUUAUGGAAGCUGGGAACGCUGCCGCCUGGUCUGAUCACGUUCUACUCAACAACCAAAUCAUUGGAUAGGUCAUGGCAUGUACUUGGUCUUGGUUAUAAUCCGAGUGUUGGCAUGGAUGAAAUCAACAAUGCCGCCGUUAUCCAUUUCAACGGGGACAUGAAACCAUGGCUAGACAUCGGCAUGAAUCAAUAUAAGAAUCUAUGGACUAAAUAUGUGGACUCUGAUAUGGAAUUUGUGCAGAUGUGCAAUUUUGGGAUGUAAAUGAGGUCUCUGUUUCCUCAUCUUCAACAAUCAAGAGCUGCAAGCAUAAGUGUAUAACAAUGCUGCAUGGCACUUGCAGAAUAUGAGUUCGUUCCAGUGUAUUACAAUCUCUUCGGCUUACGGUGGGUCAAGAAAACCAAGAUCUAUAUAUAUGAUUGCUUAUUUAGUCCUUUGAAAGUUUGGAGAAAAAACCGGUUGGGGACACUAAUUAUAUAUAUCCAUUUCUCUUUGACAAUAUCCCCCCUUUUAUGUGCUUUGCGGGAUACUCUGAGGUAUGUAUUAAUGUUAUAGUUACCGUUAGGAGCCCAUUUGAUUACAGACAGUUUUGAUGGAAAUGGCUGAAAUUAUUGGCAUUGUGGGUGUAAAUUGUCCCAAAAUCAUUUAAACAAUUGAAAACACUCUCAUCCAUCAACUAUGCACAUAAAUUCUACUUUAUUUC